AUGUCGAAAUUGACCCAUGAAUCUCAGAAAACCCGCGAUAAAGUUAUUGUUCGCAAUUCAACAACAACGUUCAGUCCUUCGGAUCCCGAAGAAGAAUCUAUCUCAAACAUUGAUGAAACACAAGGCUCUAGACAGAAUGGAGCUAGUGAAAAUGCCAUCGACAAUAUUGCAAUUCUUGCGGCGGAUUCUCAGGGUACAACAUCAACAAGCAGACCAUUGAAUCCUGAGCAGAAUGCAAAUGAAUCAUCAUCAGAAGCAUCAGCUAGAGAAAGCUCAAGUUCUGUAACAACAAUAAGUCCUGAAAUUGCAAAGGAAUAUGGAUCGAAAACCUCACAAGAAGAACAGGAUACACUGAGCGAAAAUACCAUUUAUUUAGGGAAGGAAAAUCUGAAUGAAACAUCCACUGAAACCACAAAUUCCUCAGAAAUGGAAAUACGACCUGAAGACCAAACCAGCGAAACUUUAAAGCAGCCCAAAGAAUCUCAAGAAAACUCCACUAUAUUUAAUGUUCCGGAUAGACCAUCAACGUCCAAUCCUUUGGGUUCAGAACAAGAAACAGUAGACGCCAGGGAAAAGGAAGCUAUGGAAGAUUUCCUCGACGGACAACCGAUAAGUUCCAAAGAAAAUAAUACGGAAGAAAAACUUGGGAUUCCUUCAGAUGUAAAAGAUUUCAAUUCUGAGACCUCAGAUUCCCCACACAUAGACGAUGAUGUUGAAAUAAUAUCUAAAAACUCAUCCCAGUUUGUUGGUAGCCAAAUGAAAAUGCCCAAGGGGUCACAAGAAUUUCAGAAAACCUCAUCAACUGUCAGUACAUUGAACACCGAACAAGAAACAAGCUUACACUUUAAUGAAAUGCCAGACGCUGCGGAGAAGGAGGCUGCGGAAAAUCCUCUCGACGAUAAUAGACGUUUUGAGGUUGACAAAGAAACAAGUUUAGAUGAACAGAACAGGGGAGGGGAAAUUGAGCAUCAGGAUACAACAUCAAGGACCAUACCAUUGGCUGAAAUACCAAACACAGAAGAGAAUAAGGCUGCGGAAAAUCAUCUCGAUGAUAGUGAAACUCUAGAGUCAUCUGCAGUGGAAAUCUCAAGACCUGAAACAACAAUAAGCCCAGAAAUUGCAAAGGAUCUGAAUGUAAUAGACACUGAGAUACGAUCUAAAGACCAAACCAACGAAACUUCAAAGCAAACCAAGGAAUCUCAGGAAAUCUCUGAUAUAUUUAAUGUUUCGGAUACACCAUCAGCUUCCAGUCCUUUGGAUCUCGGAGAAGAAACACCAUACGCUGGCGAGACGGAGGCAGUGGAAAAUUCUCUCGACAAUAGUGAAUCUUUUCGGGUUGUAGGUCAACAAAUAAGUUCCGAGGAAAAUUAUAAGGAUGAAAAACUAGAUAUACCUUCAGAUGUAAAAGAUGGCAAUGGAGAGAUCAGUGGUACAUCAGAUUCCUCAGACAUCAGCGAAGAUGUCGAAAUAAUAUCUAAAAACCCAUCGCGAUAUAUUGGUGGCCAAAUAAAGAUGGCAAAGGAGUCUGAAGAAACUCAGGAGAGCUCAGAUAAAUUUAAUAUUCCCAAUGCAACACUAACUUCCAGUCCAUGGGAUAACGAACAUGGAACAACUACAAUCCUUCAUGAAACUCAAGACGCUGAGGAGAAGAAAGCUGUGGAAAAUUUCCUUGACAAUCGGGAAUUCGUUGCCACUGAAAAUCAACAAAUAAGUUCCGAGGAAACCAAUGCGGAAGAAAAAAUUGAGCAUCAGGAUGUAUUAUCAACUACCAGACCUUUUGAUCCCGACAAAGAUGCAAAUAAAACCCUACAAUCUUCAGCCGGAGAAACCUCAAGUUCCGAAACAACAAUAAGCCCCGAGAUCUCAAACGGAUAUGAGUCCAGAACAACAACCGCAGAACUGGAUACAUUUAGCGGAAUCACCACUUUAUCACAACAUAAUAAUCGAAGUGAAACAGCCAUUGAGACCUCAGAUUCCUCAGACAAAGGAUCAGAUAUUGAUAUACAAUCUGAAGACCAAAGCAGCGAAACGUCCAAGCAGUCCCAAGAAUCUCAGGAAUCUUCUGAUACAGGUAAUGUUCCUGAUACACAAUCAACAUCCAGUUCAUUGGUUAGCGAACAAGAAGCGCCAGAUGCCAGGGUGAAGGAAGCUGUGGAAGGUUUCGUCGAGAGUAGAGAAACUUUUGGGGUUGUAGAGCAACAGAAAAGUUCCGCGGAAAAUAUUGCACAAGAAAACAUUGAGUUCACUUCAGAAGUAAAAGUGUCCAACGGAGAGACCAGCGGCACUUCAGAUUCCUCAGACAUCGUCGAAGAUGUUGAAAUAAUAUCGGAAAACCCAUCCAAAUAUAUUGGUAGCAAAAUGAAGAUGACAAAAGAGUCUCAAGAUACUUCGAAAACCUCGAAUAAAUUUAAUGUUACCGAUGCAACAUCAACCUCCAAUUCAUUGGAUAACGAAGACGGAUCAACUACAGAUGCUAGGGAGAAGUGA